AUGUUUCCAGCCGCUGCAUCUUCUCUUCUCAAUGAAACGAAAAGGAAGUUCGAAACAGGGUCGUCACAGGACGAAUCCCUGAAGUCCAAUGAUAUUUCUAGCACUUACAACUCCACGGAUUCUUCUACGGGGACUCAGAUCUGCUCGGAGCCAACUCCUCGCGUUUCAUUCGAAGAUGGGACAGAAGAAGAAUUGUCACAGGAGAACAGUGAUCAAACGAGAAGAGACAUCGAGGAGACGUUCCGAAGCGCCGAAAUUAAUCUUCAAAACCUCACUAUGCUUCGAGAACGCCUUGAAGAAAUGCAAAAUCGUGGCGAAGAUCUGUCAGAAGAAGAUGCAAAUCUGAUUUCUCAACUCGAAAGAGGAAACGAAGUGAAUGAAAAGAAUAAAGACGACGAACAUAAGGUCGGAAAGACACUGCAAUACCAAGAGCUGCUAACAGACUCUGAUCGUCUGAAGAACAUCGAGCGGAUGCUCCUUCAUCAAACUUCUUUGCUCAGCGAAUUGCUUCGAUUGAACCAGCCGUCGAUCAGUCGUGAUGCUGUCACUGUCGCAGUACACCCAGCUGUACUGCUCAACGUAUUUAUGUCAACUGCCCCCGCACUUCUAAGAGUGAUGUCAUCGUGCUUGCUUCAACUUGCCGAUGGUGUUCCAGUUUCACACCAACUGCAACGAAUACUUAGCGUCAUUUGUGAGAUUCCGCAGCGUCAGAAGAAUGCUGACGUCGACGGUGUAUCUGUUGCUGGUCUAGCAAGCGGAAUUAGCGACUUCCAUCUGAAGGAGACCAUCACAAAAACCGUAUUCGCGGUUAACUCGAUCUUGGAGGAUUGCUUGGAACUGGACGAAGAAACGGCAGAAAGACUGCGUGAUGUGGUAGUGUCGAAUGUUGCUGCGCUAUUCUCAAACGUGCCACGGUCGAUGCUUGAUGCUCAGCUCGGUUCACUUGUUGCCGAUGUGGUGUUCAUCUACAUCCAUAAGAAAACUGCCGACAUCGUCGACGUCUUAUCCGCUGACAUCGUUCGUGUUCUCUCCACAGAACUAGACUUCUAUCAUCUCAUCAACUCUCUUAAUUAUAUUCCUGAUCCGUGCCCCAUAGAAAACGACGAGCAUUAA